UCUCGGCAAAAGGGAAUUGGGUGGGAGUUGGAUCUGUGUUGGUUUGGCUUUUUACCCCCAGUGUGGAGUUGAAGCCGUCCCUGUGCCUCGCAUACACUCUGCAUAUCACAAGAUUUGGUCUCUCCUCUCUCUUCACUGGAGCUGCUGUAGGACUGGCUAUGGCCACCGCUACUUCCGGGAUCCGUCAUUUCAUUCGCCCACCGCUCAGCGCUGCGAACUGACUCUGUUUCUAUAAGCAAGCUAGCAGCCAACCUGCCAACACUCGCUGACACUCACUCAUCUCAGUCUCGCCAGAUAGACGAAAUACCUACGGGGGAGAGAAGGCAAAGAUCUGAGUCGCAAUCUCUUAAUUUCUCCUGCUUUUUUUUGCUUUUUGCAGAGAUAAUAAAACAAGAUAGCGAUCUGGAAGCAUUAAAGGAGACACGGACUUGCGGGAUGAAAACGGACUAAAAAGAUUCGUCCUUCUCUUGAACAUCAUCACCAACCGUCAUUCAUUCAUUACCUUGACAACCUCUGGCUUUGAUUGACAGCCGGAGUGGCAAAAAGCCAUGAGACACGACAGUUUAGUUACAUGCAGGUUGUUGAUGGGCCGAUUGUAACCUUCACUUUGGCGCAUUUUUUUCUUUUUUUCCGAGGAAAGAGGGGAAAACAAGAAAAAUUGCAAAACUCCCUGAUGCUACGAUUUCAACUGAACCACACUGGCGAAUAGGAGAAUUCGCAAAGUUGGUUGAAAACGGAAUCCUGCCUCUAAAUCACUUUCUAACCGGGACUGGGAUAUUAAAUAUACGACAGAUUCAGGAGUUUAUUGGAGCGCAGCCUGAUGGCGCAAAGGUACGAUGAGCUGGGCCACUACGGUGGGAUGGACGGAGUCCCGGCGUCGAUGUACGGGGACCCGCAUGCGCCCCGGCCGCUUCCCCAGGUCCACCACCUGAACCACGGACCGCCGCUGCACGCCAGCCAGCACUACGGAGCCCACGCUCCACAUCCAAACGUUAUGCCCACGAGCAUGGGCUCGGCUGUCAACGACGUUUUAAAGAGGGAUAAAGAUCAAAUUUAUGGUCACCCUUUAUUCCCACUGCUCGCACUGGUUUUUGAGAAGUGCGAGCUGGCGACGUGUACUCCGAGGGAGCCCGGCGUAGCAGGCGGCGACGUCUGCUCUUCAGACUCCUUCAAUGAGGACAUUGCAGUCUUUGCCAAACAGGUCCGUGCAGAAAAACCUUUAUUUUCAUCAAAUCCAGAGUUGGACAAUUUGAUGAUACAAGCCAUACAAGUAUUGCGGUUUCACCUCUUGGAAUUAGAAAAGGUGCACGAGCUCUGUGACAAUUUUUGCCACCGGUACAUCAGCUGUUUGAAAGGAAAAAUGCCAAUAGAUCUAGUAAUUGACGAACGGGAUGGCAGCUCAAAAUCAGAUCACGAGGAACUCUCAGGAUCAUCGACUAACCUUGCAGAUCACAACCCAGCUUCCUGGAGAGACCACGAUGACGCCACCUCCACACACUCAGCCGGCACACCGGGGCCCUCCAGUGGGGGACACGCUUCACAGAGCGGUGACAACAGCAGCGAACCAGGAGAUGGCUUAGACAACAGCGUUGCAUCGCCCGGCACGGGGGAUGACGAUGAUCCAGACAAGGAUAAGAAGAGGCAGAAAAAGCGUGGCAUUUUCCCCAAGGUGGCCACGAACAUCAUGAGGGCGUGGCUAUUCCAGCAUCUCACGCACCCAUACCCCUCUGAAGAGCAGAAGAAGCAGCUAGCCCAAGACACAGGCCUCACCAUCUUACAAGUAAACAACUGGUUCAUAAAUGCCAGAAGAAGAAUAGUACAGCCUAUGAUCGACCAGUCAAAUCGAGCAGGUUUUCUUCUUGAUCCUUCAGUGAGCCAAGGAGCAGCAUACAGUCCAGAGGGCCAGCCAAUGGGCAGCUUCGUGCUAGAUGGUCAGCAACACAUGGGGAUCCGACCAGCCGGGCCUAUGAGUGGAAUGGGGAUGAAUAUGGGCAUGGAUGGGCAAUGGCACUACAUGUAACCUCCAUCUUGUAAAGCAAAACGCAAAGAAAAAGGGGGAAGUCUGCCAGGCAUGCCAGGGGAGUAUGUACCUCAGAGUGGUCCUAUGAGCAUGAGCAUGGCCCGACCCACUUCUUACACCAACCCUCACCAGAUGACCUCCCACCCCUCCCAGUUCCGACACGGACCCCCGCUCCACGCGUACCUGCCUGACCACCCCCACGCCCACCACCCUCCCCACGCCAUGCUGAUGCACGGAGGACCCUCGCCACACCCAGGAAUGACCAUGUCUGCACAGAGACCACCUUUGCUCACUCCCAUCGACCCCAGUACUGGAGGACAAGGCCUGGACAUCCAUGCCCAAUAGUCUAAGGGAACUUUGCUACAACAACGACGACGACAACAGCAGCUACUACGAGAAAAAAAAAAACCUGAAAGAAAAGCAGCAGCUCACAAUAAAUCCUAUUUUGAGACUAUUUUUAAGAAUAAAAAUACGAACCCUUUUGACCAGAAUUUGACACUAAAGAAACAGAAUUCCAGAUGAGCUGUGAUGAUUCUUUUCUUUUUUUCUUGUUUCUUGUUUUUUUUUUUAAACUUGUCAAUUUUGUUACUUUCAUCCAAACGGAGGACCAAGCUGACAAGAACACUUUGUAAAGUCUUGGGGCUUUUGGUUGACAUCGACAGAGGCUGUUCUGUGACGUACGUGUGCGCAACGGACGGACACAUGCGCACAUGAGAGACGCACACGUUUUCGCACACUCACUCACUCACUCACUCACACACACAUGCUCAGUACACUUUCGUGUGACGCUUCUCAAAACGCUUCUGAAACAAAAAUCACUCCGGGAAGGUUUUUUUAAAAAAAAAAGAAAAGAAACAGAACAGAAAGACUCCAAGAGUUAUAACUACUGUAGUAUAAAAAGUAUAGAUAAAUAAGUUAAAACUUGUGCAUUUUUUUUUUAUUUUUUUUUCGUCUAUCACAUGGUUUAUGUUUCCUGAGCUAGUUUUAGAAUUAAAAGGUUAACCUUUUCUCUCUCACACUGUGUGUGCUCCUUCCUGGAGGAGAAACUGUCUCGCAGCACAGCACUACAAAAGAAAGAAAGAAAAGAAAACAAACAAACAAACAAAAAAAACAACAACAACAACAAUAAGAAGAUGGAACAUCUCCAAAAGUCUCCAAACCACAGAGGACAAUCAGGUCCUGUCCCCAUAAGAACAGGGCAUGAUGGGAAAAGGCUGCUAAAUGACACUGGAUCUCUCCAGAAGAUUCAGUUUGAACAUUUGUCAUGCCCCCUCUUUCUCUGUCUCUCUUUCUCUCUUCUCUUUUUUUGGUUCAUGAAUGAAUGUUGCCCUGUAGGUUUUAAGGAAAAAAAAAUGGUUCCUCGUUUGAAUUGCCCAAGCACUGGAUUGUGUUGGUUUUAUACAUUUUUAUUUUAAUAUUAUUUUAUUUUUUUGUACCCUGGACUCUCAUUGGUAAGAGCCUUUUGAAGGAAGCUUAACAGUGGAAAAGCAACAUCCUACGGCGCCUCUCCACCUGUGGAUCAACCUUUCUUGCCAUAAGGACGAUAUAUACUGACACAAACGUUGAUCCCGCAGCACUGGAGAAGCUUUUGACGGUUGAUGCACCAAAAAACCUAAAACUUUUAAAAAAAGAAAAAAAACUUAAAUUAUGAACUCAAUGCUUUUUUUGGGGGUGGGCGGGCGGGCGGGGGGGGGGAAAAAAAGCUGAGAGAAUAUUGUAACAAACUUCGUACAGAGUUCAGUCUAUUAAUUGUUUCAUGUUAGAUAUUCUAUGUGUUUACCUCAAUUGAAAAAGAAUGUUUUUGCUAGUUUCAGAUCUGCUGUGGCAUUGAUAUUGUAUGUCCAUGAAUUCCUUCCUUUUUCAGCACGUGUUCCUCACUAGAUGAUAAGAUGCCGUCUCCCUUAAGCUUUGUCAAAAAUACAUUAAAUACUUGUAUGAGGACUGUGACGUAAUGUUUAAAAGGUGUUCAGUCACAAAUGCUGUAAUAAAUAUUUCAUUUUUGA